UUUCCAUAACGAAACAGCUGUUCGGCAUCGCCGAGCAAUUAUUUUUAUUCAUAAUCACAAUUUCCAAUUAUUGCUGCUAAAUUGUUAAUAUAAAGCAAAUUCUUAAUAUAAAUUAACACAAAGCAAUGAGCGCAGUUAAAUAUAUAGGACGUACAACCGAUUUUCGUGGCAAGAGUCUGUGGGAGAUUUUAGGCAAUCUGCGUGACUAUGGAGUUGGCCGGCUGAUAAUACGUAACAAGUUCCAACGAUAUGAAGAGCCUUGCUAUAUGCGCAUACUUAAAGUGGAGGUUACACCACAUGAUCAUGCUAAGGACCCAAUACGUAAAGUGGCAGUAACUGUAGAAAAGACGUGGAGAGGUGUAAUUAAUCCAAAGCCAGUCACCAUAUACAGGACUAGCUAUAAACCGGAUUAUGAGCUAAUCCCCAAGGAAGAAGAAUCGAAAUACACUAACAAUACCAAAAAAGUGUCCGAGCAAAUAUUAGCAACUAGUAUUGAGUUUCCUCCUUUGUUGCGCGAAUUUAUUAGGCAGGAGACUGGAUUGAAAGAGCCAAUAAUGAAAGUCCAUCAUAAGGUUAGCCACAAUAAACUAGCUCGUUUGGCUAAAGAGGGUGAAAAGCCAACUAUUGAAUGCACAAUGGGGCUAGGUACUCCAGCCAGUCCAAAGCUGUAUGAAGGCGUUUUAUAAGUCCUGCUUAACCGAAAUAUAUUAAGUUGUUAAAAAAUACUUGAAAUUUAAUUAAAGUAUUUUAAUUCAUUUGUAUGUUUAUUUAAAGUUGUCGAUGCAUUAAAUAUUUAAUACAGAUUCAAGUAUAGAUAUAUGUAGUUCAGACAAAUCGUUAAGAUUGAAAAUUAUAGUUUCUAUCUGACCAUGAUCAAAUAAUAAUAUACAUAUGAAGUAA